AUGGCCAUUGGUCUGCUUAAGCCCAUCUUCGAGUGGACAGAAUCCAUGUCUUCAGAUGAGCAUAGGGCGUGUAUUGGUGUGUUGGAUUCUCUGGCCCAUUGUGCGCAUGACCUUGUGCAGUAUCCAGGGUGGCCUGAACUGUCCAGGAAACUGAUGAGGGGUCUGCAUUUCCUCGUGUCUGUUAGCCCUGCCUCACGCAAGGAAACACCCGUCAAAGGAAUUGCAGAGGAAGCCAUCAGAAUGUUAGAAGACAGUGGUGUGGUGGA